AUGAAUUACACUGCUCGCCACCCAACUUUCAGCUUCUCCAAGCAGCAAAACUGGGAUCCAACGGAUGCCAUGGAGCUCUGCCGAUUUUGGGCCCUUGGCCUUUGCAUGGGCAUAAUAAAAAAAACCUCUAUACGCUCCUACUGGAGCAAAGACAUUGUUAUGUCUACCCCCAUAUUCUGCCAUACAAUGCCUAGGUUACAUUAUGAGAUGCUGUUACAUUUUCUUUAUUUCAAUGAUAAUAGCCAGUGCCCCCCAAAAGAAGACCCCCAGUAUGAUAGGCUAUAUAAGGUACAGCCCCUGCUUACCCACUUUCCGGCCAGAUUUGCCGAGUUGUAUACCCCCCAGCAGAAUUUGACCAUUGAUGAGUCUCUCAUGAAGUUCAAGGGGAGACUCACGUUUAAACAGUACAUACCAUCAAAACGCUCCACGUAUGGAGCUAAGUUCUACAAACUCUGUGAGAGUGAAAAUGGGUAUGUUCAUGCAUUCCAAGUCUAUGAGGGAAAGGACUGCCACCUUGACCCUCCUGGUUGCCCAGAACAUCUGGGAACCACUGAUAAAAUUGUGUGGGACCUUAUACUACCCCUGAUGAACAAAGGGUACCAUCUGUACCUUGAUAAUUUUUACACCAGUGUCCCUUUGUUCCGACUGCUUUACUGCUUCGAGACAGUCGCCUGUGGAACUAUAAGGAGUAACCGCAAGGGGUUCCCAGCAAAAUUAGAAAAGACCUGGUUAAAAAAGGGGGAAUUCUCUGCUCUGUGCCAGGAGGAGCUGCUGGCACUUAAGUUUAGAGACAGGAAGAAUGUGUGCAUGCUCAGCGCCAUCCAUGACGAGAGCACUAUGCGCGUUCCUGUCCGUGGCAGAGCUGGGGUUACUUUGAAACCAGCGUGCAUCAGAGCUUAUAAUAAGCAUAUGGGAGGUGUGGACCUGGCAGACCAGCUGCUACAGCCAUAUCUUAUCAUGAGGAAGUGUAGGGCGUGGUACAAAAAGGUGGCAAUCUACAUGAUGCAGAUUGCCACCCACAAUGCCUUCCUCAUUUUUAAAAGGUCACACUCUGGAGGAAAAACUUUUCUCCAAUUUCAGCUCCAGUUGAUCUCCGAGGUGUUGACUUCUGAUGCACCUCGCCCUUCAGCAGGUCCAGGAGUGGGAAGGACUGCUGAAGCCCACUUUAUUUAUAAAAUCCCCCCAACAAUCAAAAAGAGAACCCCCCUAAAGGAAUGCUGA